AUGCUCUGGACCUGUCGUGUGCUCUGCUCCCAAGCGGGGCCCUCCGCUGGGGGCUGGAAGCCCCUGAGCUUUGAUGGCGGGGCCUUCCACCUCAAGGGCACAGGAGAACUGACCCGGGCUUUGCUGGUGCUACGGCUGUGUGCCUGGCCCCCUCUGGUCACCCACGGCCUGGCGCUCCAAGCCUGGUCUCAGCGACUCCUGGGGUCCCAGCUCUCGGGCGCGCUUCUCCGAGCAUCCAUCUACGGGCAGUUUGUGGCUGGUGAGACCACAGAGGAGGUGAGGGCCUGUGUCCAACAGCUGCAGAGCCUAGGCCUCCGGCCCCUGCUGGCGGUGCCCACUGAGGAGGAGCCAGACUCAGCUGUCAAGACUGGCGAGGCCUGGUAUGAGGGGAACCUCAGCGCUAUGCUUCGAUGCGUGGACCUGUCACGAGGCCUCCUGGAGAGCCCCGGCCCGACUGGAAACAUCCUCAUGCAGCUGAAGAUUACGGCGCUGAUGAGCACUCGGCUCUGUAAGGAGCUAACCUCACGCGUCCGAAGGCCAGGGGGGUCCUUGGAGCUGAGCCCUGAAAGACUGGCCGAAGCCAUGGACUCUGGACGGGACCUCCAGGUCUCCUGCCUCAAUGUCGAGCAAACCCGGCAUCUCCAGGCCUCCUUGAGCCGUUUGCACCGGGUGGUACAGCACGCCCGGGCCCAGCAUGUGAGGCUCCUGGUGGAUGCUGAGUACACCUCCCUGAACCCUGCACUCUCUCUGCUGGUGGCCGCUCUGGCCACUCGCUGGAACGGCCCCAGGGAAGGUGGGCCCUGGGUGUGGAACACUUACCAGGCCUAUCUGAAGGACACCUACGAGCAGCUGAGGCGGGAUGCUGAGGCCGCAGACAGGGCUGGCCUGGCCUUCGGGGUGAAGCUGGUACGAGGGGCAUAUCUGGACAAGGAGAGAGAGGUGGCCCGGCUCCAGGGUACCGAAGAUCCCACUCAGCCUGACUACAAGGCUACCAGUCAGAGUUACAGCCGCUGUCUGGAGCUGAUGCUGACCCAGGUGUCCCAUCGUGGCCCCAUGUGCCCCCUCAUGGUGGCUUCCCACAAUGAGGACUCUGUUCACCAGGCAACCAAGCGGGCAGGCUGGCUAUGCUGUGUACAAGUCCAUCCCCUAUGGCUCCCUGGAGGAAGUGAUCCCCUACCUGAUCCGGAGGGCCCAGGAGAACCAAAGCGUACUGCGGGGUGCCCGCAGGGAACAGGAACUGCUCAGUCAAGAACUUCGGCGGAGGCUGCUGGGGCGGGGCCUGAGGGUACCCCAUUAGCACCCCCAGGGCUCAUAUGGUCAAUAAAGGUCCUGAGCUGCUGCCCAGGCAGCUGCCCUGUACGGAAGCCGCCUCCUUGGGGAAGGGCUCAUCUCGGCCUCAGCCGGCCCAAGCUCAGGGGGCUCUGGGGCUCAAGAGAGAUCUUUAGAUGA